AACAAUUCACGCAAAGGCGAAGGUUGUUGUGUUGUGUUGUCUUGUAACAAUAACAGCUUCCUUGUUUAGUGGCCAAAAAUCUCUCUCGAAAUCGUACCAAAAAAAGAAAAAAAAAACACUGCAAUGUCGCUGUCGUGGUGGCUUCUUCGCGAAACCUAAUAAAUUUGUACCAAAUCAGAGGCAUUUCUCUCCAUUGGAACUAUCAGCUUCAUCCUCCAUCACGAUCCUCCGUUAUUAUUAUUAGAAAUUAGUAAUUAAUCGAUCGGUUAGUUAGUUGAUUAACUAAUUCAUUGAUUAAUUCCUAAGAGUUGAUAAUAGUAAUAAUGGAGGCGAUGGACAUGAGGCGCGUGUUCGAGAUGUUCGAUCGGAACGGGGAUGGGCGAAUAUCGGCGAAGGAGCUGAGAGAUUCGUUGGUGAAUUUGGGGAUAGAGAUUCCGGAGAAGGAGCUGGCGGAGAUGAUCGAGAGGAUCGACGUCAACGGCGACGGCUGCGUGGAUAUGGCGGAGUUCGGGGAGCUGUACGAGACGAUAAUGGAGGGGCGCGACGAUGAGGAGGACAUGCGGGAGGCCUUCAACGUCUUCGACCAGAACCGCGAUGGCUUCAUCACCGUCGACGAGCUCCGCGCCGUGCUGGCCUCCUUGGGCCUCCAACAAGGGAGGAGCUUGGAGGAGUGCCGGAAGAUGAUCGUGAAAGUGGACGUUGACGGAGAUGGCAUGGUGAAUUACAAGGAAUUCAGGCAAAUGAUGAAGGGUGGUGGAGGAUUCACUGCUCUUGGUUAAUCUUUCUUCGUCUCCCUGUUUUUCCAAUGCAGAAUCGCAUUACCAAUAUAUGCAUCCUUCCAAAUUUUCAAUUCCAAUCCGUUCUUAACUUGUAAAUAAGUUUCGUCUUCUAGGAUACUGAUUUCAUUCAUUAAUGAUUUAUUACGUUGGAGGUUGUCUUUUUCCUGUUAGAUUAUCAAUCAACUUCCUCCAAAUUAACUUCCACCUCAAGCAAAUUUUCAUAUUUUGUUAUAAGCAGUUUCAAACACUGCUUCUAAUCCAAUUCCAUUUUACCUUAGUUUCUAUA